AUGGCGCCAUCUGCUAUUGAAACCGAAUCGGCACCACAGGCGGCCAAGCAAGUCUUGAUCAAGCCUUGGAGUCGGCCACAAUAUACGAAAGAGGAUCUUGAUUGGGCUCCGCUCACCACCAUCGACCUAUCCCGUUUUGACGAGGAAGGAGGCAAGCAAGAGUUGGCUAAGCAGCUUUACGAUGCUGUCACUAGAGUCGGCUUCUGGACUGUCGUCAAUUCGGGCAUCGAUGACGGCAAGGUACUCCGCCAAUUCAGUUUUGGUAACACUUUCUUCAAGCAACCAAUCGAAGAAAAGCGCUUCUUCCCAUGCAACUUUGCGGAAGGAGAAUACUUUGGCUACAGAGAGAACUCCCGGUGGGUUGGAGAUACUGGCGUCAAAGAGAACAUUGAGAUGCUUAAUAUUCAAAAGCCUAUUCCUAUCUAUGAGAAUGUGCCGAAACACCAGAUUGUCCGCGAAAACUGGGAAGAGAUUUCGGCAUUCCACAGGGAGUUAUGGGAGAAGGUCCUCCGGAAGUUAUACGUACUGAUUGCCAUUAUUCUCGAGCUCCCGGAAAAUUAUUUUGUGGACGCACAUGCUUAUGAGGGAGAGUCCGAUGAUCACCUGAGAUACAUGAUCUACAAUGUCAGAACUCAGGAGGAAUGGGACAAGGCCCAAGGCUAUACCAAGGGCGGGCACACAGACUUCGGCAGCCUUACCUUGCUAUUCUCACAGCAUGUCGCUGGAUUACAGAUCCGGACGCCUGAGGGGCAAUGGAAGUGGGUGAAGCCUGUUGAAGGGGGUAUCACUUGUAACGCAGCCGACACGUUGUCUUUCCUCACGAACGGUUUCAUCAAGUCAACAGUUCACAGGGUGGUCACUCCUCCAAAAGAUCAACUGGACAUCCCUCGUCUAGGCUUGCUCUACUUCAGUCGCCCUGGAGCGAGGACUCCCAUGAGAACCGUCCCAUCACCCCUCCUCGAGCGUCUCGGCCUUCUAUCGGACGAGGACAAGGACCCUAACAAGCCAGUUCCCACAGGAACCGAGUAUGUCCGAGCGCGAGUCAAGGAUGUUCAUCACAAGAAGGUGAUAGAGAAGCGCGAAGGGACUUCUUUCAACUUCAAAGGAAUGAAAGUCCAGAACUACUAUGACUAG